AUGAAAGCGAUAAACUUAAGCGAACCGCUUCCAGCUCCUUUUCAAUUCGAAACUAUUAUCGAUAAGGAAGAUGUGAAACGAUUCUAUCGGAAUUAUUGGCAUUAUUCAGUCUACAUUGCUACCAUCUACCUGAUAACCAUCUACUUUCUUCGUGAAUACAUGAAGACCAGACCUGCCUUCGAACUCAAACGUGCAUCUUUCGUUUGGAAUGGGAUCCUUGCGCUAUAUAGUAUCAUCACGACUGUAAGAGGAUUUCCAGGAUUCCUGUUUGCAUUUAGUCAUUACCCGUUUUAUCAUAUCGUUUGUGAUAAGAUGCUUACGGAACAAUCUCCACAGUUCAUAUUUUGGGGUACAUUAUUUCUGUUUUCAAAAGUAUGGGAAUUGGGAGAUACUGUUCUAAUUGUACUGAGAAAAAGAAAUCUGAUGUUUCUGCACUGGUAUCAUCAUGUGGCAACUUUAAUCGGAAUGUGGCACGCUGCAUAUAGGGAAGCAUCUUUCGGAACUUUACUAAGUUAUACAAAUGUUUUCGUGCAUUCGUUUAUGUACAGUUAUUUUACUCUAAAAUCAAUCGAUGUGAAGAUUCCUGUUAAAUUCGCCAUGUUCAUCACGGCCAUUCAAACAUUACAGAUGUUAUUCGGUGUUCUUCUUUCAUUCUGGGUAUAUUGGCUUCACGUAAAUAAUUAUGAAUGUGACACGCCUAAAGAUGUUCUCGAAACCGGUUUCGUGAUAUAUUCAUCAUAUUUAUUCUUAUUUAGUUACCUGUUUUAUAAUUCUUACAUUAAAUCUCGUUCAAAAAAGAAACAUGAAUAAGCAUUAUGAUGUAAUCAUAAUUGUAAAUAAUAUAUACAAAUUGUUUACUUAAAGAUAUUUAAAGAAUUAGAUAGAUAUAACUGUUAAAAUUCACAUUUAGUGUUAGAAAUGUUCCAUAAAUGAAGGACAUUUAGGCCUAACGUACAAAAACUAGAAAUUAUAAUAUAUAUCUUAAUACAAUUUAUUUUGAUUUUUUAAAAAUUUUAAUAUGAAGUAUUUGAAAUGUGUUUUUCUUGUUUUUAUUUAUUUUUUGGUUUUGUUCUGUGGAUGUUUUUGCCAUCUUUUUUUGUAAACUCACCGUGGAUUUGGCCAGGCCCACAUGGCGAUAUCCGAAUGAAUUAUGGGGAGGAGGCCCGACAUAUUAGUAGAAAUCAGUCCACGAAAAUUCCCGAGUUUUUCGACCCAUUCAGAUUCGAUUCCGUAUUCCCAGAGCAGUAGUCUGCAACCUUAGCAGCAGGGCCAUUAUUUCAAAUAUUUAAUAAUUAUUUUGUGGA